CUCGUUCUGCCAGAGGAGAAGAGAGGUCGUGAGGAGGAGGCAGCACCCUCAUGGUGAAGGCUGUGGACGCCAGUCCCCUGUGGAGGGCUGGGGACAGGCGGCGUUUCCCCACUCCCGCUGCCCCGUGAGGGUCAUGGAAUCAAACGGGUUGGAAAAGACCUUUAAAAGCUCAUUGAGUCCAACCAUGCCCCAGCACUGCCAAGGCCACCACUGACCCGUGGCACUGAGGCCUCGGCUACACGGGGUGUGAACACUUGCAGGGACGGUGACUCCAGCCCUGCCCUGGGCAGCCUGUUCCAACGCCUGAGCACCCUCUGGGGAAGGAAUUGUUCCUCAGCUCCAUCUAAACCUGCCCUGGGGCAGCUUGAGGCCAUUUCCUCUUGUCCCAUCCCUUGUUCCUUGGGAGCAGAGAUUUAGAUCUGAUGGAUGGACACAAAGAUGUCACGGAUGGACACGUAGAUCUGAUGAGGGACACACAGAUAUCAUGCGUGGAUGUACAGGUCUGACAGAUGAACUGGUAGAUCUGAUUGGAGCACGGUGCCUCCUUGUGCCAACACAGGCACCAUCAUCUUCAUCGCUGCGGCAGAACCACUGCUGUGAGGACCAGGGCACGUUCAGCCCCAUCAAGAAGACCUCAUGGGUUGCUCUAUGGAGACCUACAGCCAUCAACCAUGAUGGUUUUGGGGCCAUGGGGAUGCUUCUUCCAGCAUUAUCCAUAGCAGACACCUCCUGGGGUGGUGGGGCCAGGGGGUGGCUGCUCGGUGACGUGUGUUGGGUGCCAUCACUGGUGGCCUCGGUGACCCUAAGAGCAAUAAGAAGGGGUUUUGGUUUCAGUUCCUCUGCCCCAGGCUCUCUCCUUCCCCCGGGAAGGGCUGUGCCGGCGCCAGCAGCUUCUCCAUGGGGAUUUCCAGCCCUAAUGAGCCCUGGGGGAGAAGAGUAAUAGCAAUAAAUAGGCUAAUAAAUAGGAUAAUAAACAGAUAACAGCGUGGGGUGACCCUUUCCCAGGCAAAGGGGACCCGUCCCAUGUGCCUCUGCGAUGGGGCAAUGGGGGUCACGCCGGACACCCAAAAUUAAAGGGAAAUGGGAAGAAAACCACCAAAACUUCCCAUUUUAAGACUCAGCUCGCAGAUUUUAGCAGUGACGAGGGCAAGCGCCGGGGUUUGGGCUCCAAGCUCCCCGUCUCCGUCAGGUGACUGGGGGCAGAGCGUCAGCACUGUUGGUUUUGGGGUGAUUUCUUCAAAUUUGGGGCCAGAGACUCGUCUUCGCCCUUUCAGCGAACCUCCAAAUCUCCCCAUCUGGGUGCGUUUCAGGGGUGAGGGCUCUCCUGUGUCCCCCCCGAGGGCUGUCACCAAAGCCAUCCCGCGGGGAUGGGGGGGGUCUCUGGGGCAGUUUUGGGGCUGCGGGAUCAGCCCGGAGGGAUUCGGAUUGUCAGUCAUCCCACGAUGGACAAACCGGGUGCCCUGGCCCUUUAAGGCGGAGGUGCGCUGGCCCUUUAACCCGCGAACAGGUGCCGCGGGAGGGGGUGUGUGUGUGAAGGGCGGUGGCUGAGCGACGGCGCGAAGGACCAAUGGGAAAGCAGAGUGGUCUUAGACGGACCAAUGAGCGGAGCGGCCGAGGGAGGAGGCGGGCCCUGGUGCUGCCCGGCUCAGCUGAGCGAAGCGGGUCUGUCGGCUCGGUGACCGGUUCGGCUCCGCUCGGCUCCGUUCGGCCUCGUUCGGCUCUGUUCGGUUCUGUUCGGCUCGGCUCCGUUCGUCUCCGUUCGGCUUCAUUUGGUUCCGUUCGGCUUCAUUUGGUUCCGUUCGGCUCGGCUCCAUUCGGGUCGGUUCCGUUCGUCUCCAUUCGGGUCGGUUUGCCCCAUUCGGCCUAGUUCGGCUCCUUUCGGCUCGGCUCCAUUCGGCUCGGCUCCAUUCGGUUCGGCUCCGUUCGGCCCGGUUCGGCUCGGCCAUGGAGGGUCCGGAGGCGGGGGGCACCGCGCCCCCCGAGGACGAUUUCUCCUUCGUGAGCCCCAUAGUGAAGUUCGUGCUCUUCUUCUUCAACAUGCUUUUCUGGGUGAUCUCUAUGGUGAUGGUGGCGGUGGGGGUCUAUGCCUGGCUGCUGAAGCACGCAGAGGCGACCAUGGCGUGCCUGGUGGUGGACCCCGCCAUCCUCCUCACCGUGGUUGGUGUCCUCACCUUCCUCAUCACCUUCUGCGGCUGCAUUGGCUCCUUGCGGGAGAACAUCGUCCUGCUGCAGGCGUUCUCCGUCUGCUUGGCCAUCAUCUUCCUCCUGCAGCUGGUGGCCGGUGUGCUGGGCUUUGUCUUCUCCGAUAAGGCGCGCGGGAAGGUCAGCGAGAUCAUCAACGGUGCCAUAAUGCAUUACCGGGAUGACUUGGACCUGCAGAACCUCAUUGACUUCGGGCAGAAGGAGUUCAGCUGCUGUGGGGGUGUCUCCUACAAGGACUGGUCCCAGAACAUGUACUUCAACUGCACCAUGGACAACCCCAGCCGGGAGCGCUGCUCCGUCCCCUUCUCCUGCUGCCUGCCGGACGAUGAUGAGGUUGUCAUCAACACCAUGUGUGGACGCGGCAUACAGGCCAUGGGCUAUGUGGAGGCCAGCGCGGUCAUCUACACCCAUGGCUGCAUCGACAGCCUGGUCAACUGGAUCAACAGCAACCUCUUCCUGCUGGGAGGCAUCGCUCUGGGGCUGGCAGCCCCACAGCUGGUGGGCAUCCUGCUGGCUCAGAUCCUCAUCAACCAGAUCAGAGACCAGAUCAAGCUGCAGCUCUACAACCAGCAGCACCGGGCAGACCCCUCGUACUGACCACGGCACCCUGCCGGGACCUCCGUGGUGACCUUCCAAACCCCAGAUCCAGAGGAAGAGCUGAAGGGACUUUGCUGGAGAAGAGGGAGGUUGGAGCGGGACGUGGAUGCCGGAUCUGUGCACUGUGGCCGGGCUUGGCCGGGACGUGCCAUGCUGCCGUGCCCUGUUUUGGGGACCAAACUGCUGUCUGUCUGUCUGUCUGUCUGUCCAUCCUGGGGGACUCUGAGCUGAUGUGCAGGUUGUGCUCAAAGCACUGGGACAUGCUUCCCAUCUCCUCUUAUGCUGGAGAUGGGCAUUUGUCCAUCUGUCCAUCCACGCACUGAGCUGCCUUCACCCGGGCCACUGCUGGCUCCAGAACUGGGGACGUUCUUCCAUCACUGGUGCCACAAACCCCAUUGGCACCCUCUGGGUGACCCAUGGGACAGCCGAGGGCUUCGCUUGCGCUGGGAGCAGGAGCCAUCACCAGUGCGUCCACCUGGAAGAAAGAGGAAAAGGAGGAAGAGGAGGGUAUCCUGCCCAGUGCUGACCCAUGGAUGCUUCCUUAGCCGAGGGCUGGGGUCCCAUCUGUGCCCCUGGGGGGCUCAAACCCUUCUACAGGGUGCGGGGCCCUGUAUGGAAGAGGGAAUAAAGAGAUGAGGCUGGA